GUCCUGGAGGACUACGCAGAUCCCUUCGAUGCGGCGCAGGUAGCUGGUAGCCAGGCAGGGCUAGAGAAGGUGACAGAGAAUGAUGGAUACAUGGAGCCGUAUGAAGCCCAGAAGAUGAUGGCUGAGAUCCGCCAGAAGGGCUUACGGGAGGCUCCUGCCCGGCCACUGCACCUCUACGACACUCCCUAUGAGCCUGUGCUUGGAGGACUGGACAUGGACAGUGAACGCCCGGCUUGCCACAGGCCCAGGGAGUCCCGGCUGCCUGAGGAUGACGAGCGGCCGCCGGAGGAGUACGACCAGCCCUGGGAGUGGAAGAAGGAGCGGAUCUCCAAAGCCUUUGCAGUUGAAAUCAAGGUCAUUAAAGACCUGCCAUGGCCACCGCCGGUGGGACAGCUCGACAGUGGUGAAAGCCCCCUGGACAGUGAGGCUGGUGCCUCCGUCCCUCUGCAGCACAGCCAGCCCAGCUACGAAGACGCCAACGGUCCGUCGGAGGGGCUGGGGUACGGCCGCACCUCGCCCUGCAGGGAGGAGAAGGCCAGGGCUGCCCUCAGGCAUGGCUCCAGCAGCCUCAAGAGCACCAAGACACUGAUUGCUGAGCCUGGCCCCUUCGUUGGGGAGAGGAUUGACCCUGCCCUGCCCCUGGAGAGCCAGUGCUGGUACCACGGGGCCAUCAGCCGGACGGACGCAGAGACACUGCUGAGGCUGUGCAAGGAGGCCAGCUACUUGGUGCGCAACAGCGAGACCAGCAAGAACGACUUCUCCCUCUCCUUGAAGAGCAGCCAGGGCUUCAUGCACAUGAAACUGUCCCGGACCCAAGAGAACAAGUACGUGCUGGGUCAGCACAGCCCGCCCUUCGACAGCGUGCCGGAGAUCAUUCAUCACUACGCCAGCCGCAAGCUGCCCAUCAAGGGGGCUGAGCACAUGUCCUUGCUUUACCCAGUGGCUAUCCGUACCCUAUAGUACUCGCCCCCCGUGAGCCAGGCUCGAGGCCGGGUGCACCCAAAACUGGCGCAUCCGCAGGGCCGAGCGCCGCUGUGCUGAGGAUGGGCUCCGGACCAGCAGCCCAUGAGCACCUCGCUGGGCACGGCCGGCGCUGUUGAGGAUUGCUGCAGCCGGACCCCCUGUCCCACUCGCUCGGGGGGCUCCCAUGCGCUGGUUUGCCCACUGGGACGGCGCCAGGGGACCCCCUGCACGAGGAGCUGAGUGGGGCUCGCCGGCUGCCCGCUGCCCUCACCUGCCUCCUGGCAGAGCUUGGGAUGCAAGGACCGGAGCUGGGGCCUUGGAGAGGCCGGGGAGGGGGGUGACGUGCAGGAAAAGGGGGAGAGAUCAUCCAGUAGUGGGCCUGAGGUGCCUCUGUGAGGGUGCCUGGCUCUGCCCACGGGAGACAAAACGGCUGUGCCCGCAGGCAAGGAGGCUGGCAGGGGGCGAGCAGGGGCCUGCUUGUGGCUAGCGAGGCGUGGGGGACCAGGCAGGUCGGUGGUGGCCCCCACCCACACAGGUGCUCGGUACUCGCCGCCAUCCUUUGCCAAAUGUAAAUAGUGACCAGUCUCAGCUGCGUGUGCAGCACCGCUGCCUAAUAAAGCGGUGCAUGGUCACCUCCUGCUCCGUGGGGACCGCGCGCCCACAUCCCACCACCUUGAGUGUGGCAAAAUGGUGGGGAGGGGGAUUUUAUUACACAAAGGCUGUAAGCAAAUUGAUCUUUCCUUCACUCUUGUGUACACUGAGACCUGUGUGCCUGAGCCAGCUCACUCAUUUGAGACACGGGGGACAAGGGAUGCCAGUGGUCACGUCCUUGCUAUGUCUUUGGGACCCUUUGCAGGCAGCGAUGAGCUGAUUUUGGACUUGCUUGUUAUUCCCUGUAGAAGGCGGUGCUCUCUGGGAUCUUUUGCCUCAUUGUUUUCCUUCACCCCUUCUAAGUCUUAGGCAAAAUCCCUGAAUUUCACGGACCUCCUGUUCCCCUCCUCUGGGUAUUUACUGGCUCCAGUCCUGUUCUUCAUCUUCCUGACACCUUGUCUUCAGGCCAGCUUGGUCCUUCUCUUCAUUUGGCUGAAGCUACAUCUGGUGGUCUGUAGCACUUAACGCACACCUUGCCAUUUAACCUUGUUCCUGGUGUUGCUUGCUGCUGUACCCACGCAUGUGCAUUUCUUCCAUCCAUGCUUCAGACUAAGCUGUCUCGCUGUUACUCCCCUGCAGCACGUUCCCUUUCCCCUUCGCUCCCUGGGUGGUCCUGCAGUGGUCAGCAGAGGGGAUGGCAGCGGCAAAUUCGCUGCUGGACCAGCACAACCUUUUGCAUCAGCGGAGGAAAGCGCUUGGGGCAUCAGUGAGAUGUGUUAGCAGUGGCUCGAUGAAGGCUUUGUGAAAAAGCAUCAUCCUCCCCACCGCCUCCUCCCAGGAAGGAGCUGGUCCUGCUGGUUUGCUGGGGGGGACGGAGGUGAUCGAUGGGACCGCAGGGACCUUGCGUGGGCGAGCGCCGCAGCCGCAGCAGGAACUCUGCUCUCCCAUCCAGGGCUCUGGGGUUUUCCAGACUCAAUCUGUAGCUGGGGGAUUGCUGUCCUGGCUGCUCAUCACAGCUUUGAGCUGCCAUGGGGACUGUCAGGCACGGCCAGCAUGGUCCCCAAGUGCAUGCCGUGGUUGGGAGCCUGCAGAAACUCUGGUGGUUUGUUCCAGGAUGCCUCAGGCUCUGCUGCUCCUUAAAAGGCAGUGGUUUGAGUUCGUCGGGCGCCUGGUGUCUCCUUACAGCCCUGCUUGGCUGCUGGCAGCUCCCCGGCUGCCUCUCUCCAUCCCAGGGAGGCAUCUUGUCCGGCGGCGACGGAGGCGACUCCAGCUGGAGGGUUUUUCUCCUGGCAGUGCCACACCAGUGCCUGCAGAAAGGGCUGGGGAUGCAGAAAUCUGCAGAGAUGCUCUUGGAUGCCCUUGCUGCAUUUAAAAGGUUUCAAGGGCCCUUUAGCAGCCCUGCUGUGCCCUGACGGCUCCAGUGCAGAGCUUGUCUCAGGGGAUACUCUGUGGCCACGGCUGGGAAAGCAGAGGCUUCUCCAGUCCGUUCAGCUGGGGAAUGAAGGCACAGGAGAGCCUCCCUACGUAUUGUGGGUUUUUCUCUCAAGAAACUAUGGCAGGGAGCAAACUGCCUGGCAGACAGUGCUGGCUGUAUCAGCAACCUCGCAGCCUUAGGGUGAAAUCCUGCCCAAGCAGCCUGGAUCCAUCUCAGGGUCAUCCCUGCCGAGGGCUAAGAGGUGUGAGACGUGUGUGUGUCGCACCAGCUCCCCAGAAACAGUCACAGACCAGCAGGACUGCUCUGGAGCUGGGCUUUGUGUCCAAGUGCUUCAGCUAAGCAGCUCUCAAUCCUCCCUGUGGCAAUUACAUCCCUCCUCAGCCCUCUCUUCUCCAGGCUAAAGAAGCCCAACUCCUCAAGCAUCUCCUUGUACAACAUGUUCUCCAGCCCUGGCCAUCCUAGUGAUCCUCUGCAGGACUCUCUCCUUGUACUUGGGGUCCAGAACUGGACAUGGUAUCCAGACGUGGCCUCACCAGUGCCAAAUAAAGGGAAAUAACUACUUCCUUUGACCUGGCUACACUCAUAUAAUAACUUCCAUUGGAAGGGACCUCAGGAGAUCUCUAGUUCACCGUCCUACUCCAGGCAGUGUCAGUGUUGACCAGAGUCCAAGAAGGGCUUUUUUUGGAGAGAAGCAGAACUGCUGUAAGCCCAGCUAGUUUCUUUUUCCCCUCUUCAUAGCAUUACCAGGAGGGACUGGACACCAGGGACAGAUGGCUGCAAAUUCACUGCAACCUGAGGGUAACGCCUCCAGCCCAAUGGAGCCUCCAGCUCCAUGUGGGCCCUCAUGUGGUGGAGGAGGUCCAACAAGAAAGAUGUAGGAGCAGGCUGCAGGAUGCAGAACACAAAAAGAGCCAGGACACAGGAGGACAAAGAGCCAGCCCACAGCUUGACACUGGGUCAGGGGAUGGACCUGAUCUUCUCAAAUGGGGCAGAUCCAAGCAGGUCCUGGGUCCUGUUUGGACCCAGGGGGUCUCAUUUUGGGAUUUGCACAGAAAGUAUGUGACACUGGGACUGGCUGGUGUAUUGCAACCUCUGUUUAUGAUGGGAGCUGAUCAGGACCUUCCCAGAAAAUUUGAACUGAAUCUCUCUUACAAGGGUAUUUUAGUGCUAU